CUGCCCAAGGCAAACACUGAGCAUUUGAGAGCUAUGAAAAUGCUUCUGCAUUUGAGUUUGCUAGCUCUUGGGGCUGCCUAUGUUUCUGUCACUGCUGUAGAAAGUACCAUGAAUAGACUGGUCGCAGAGACCUUGACACUGCUCUCCGCUCAUCGAACUCUGCUGAUAGGCGAUGGGAACCUGAUGAUUCCUACUCCUGAACAUAAAAAUCACCAAUUGUGCAUUGAAGAAGUCUUUCAGGGUAUAGACAUAUUGAAGAACCAAACUGCACAAGGGGAGGCUGUGGAUAAAUUAUUCCAAAACUUGUCUUUGAUAAAAGAACACAUAGACCUCCAAAAAAAAAAGUGUGGAGGAGAAAGAUGGAGAGUAAAAAAGUUCCUAGACUACCUGCAAGUGUUUCUUGGUGUCAUAAACACUGAGUGGACAACAGAAAGUUGAGACAAAACUGACUUAUUGUAGUGAAAGAUUUUGGAGGAGGAGAAGAAUGUUUUCUUUUGCAAUCAGACUGAGGGCCAACCAGCAGUGAAGCCUUAAUGAUCCAUAGACUUAAACUUCAGAGGCAAAGUAGAUAUUUCAGGUGUCCUACUACUUUACCACCUUACACAAGCAGAAGGCAUAAAAAUAAAAUGUUUGAG